CAAAACUAUGUUCCACAGCUACCAAAUUCGUGGUUGGAUUUAUGGUUCGGCAGGUAUACAUCCUUUGCUAUCUACCGUUUUGUUUCUUAGGACACAAUCAAAUCGAUCUCAAUAAAUCCACAGCAUCCAUGUUUCACUCCAUCCAUCAUUCUCAAUAAACCUCUCUUUUCCUCUCUCUUCAAUCUUUAUUCUCUCUUAAUUCAAGAAAGAAAAUGGCCUCUCUCUCAAACCUCAACCAACUUCUCCACAUAAACACACUUCCAGUAACCUCUCUCAACUCCACACCUUCAAUUACUCCAUCGACCAUCACAUUCGGUUUACAGAGUAAAAAUGCCAGAAAAUCGAUUUUGGUGGCCGAUGGUUUGAGGCGGGUGGUGUAUGUUCGGGCUACUGCAAAUGAUGAUGAUGAUGAUGAGUGGGGUUCAGAGCCUUCUGCCGAUGUGGCAGUUGCGGAGGUGAUAGUGCCAGAAAGUGAGACGGAGAAGCUGAAGAAGGACUUGGUUGGUUCCUUUUAUGGGACUGCUCGUGGAUUGAAAGCGGCGAGUGAGACAAGAGCGGAGAUUUUUGAGCUUAUUAGUCAGCUCGAGGCUAAGAAUCCAACCCCCGCUUCCACUGAUGCUUUGAGUUUGCUCGAUGGAAAAUGGAUUCUUGCGUAUACAUCCUAUGCAGGUUUAUUUCCAUUGUUGUCAAGCGGGCUACUGCCAUUACUCGAGGUUGAAGAAUUAUCUCAGACUAUUGAUUCUGAAAGUUUAAGUGUCCAAAACUCCGUUCUGUUAGCUGGUCCAUUGACUACCACCUCCAUUAGUACCAAUGCCAAAUUUGAAGUUCGUAGUCCAAAUCGUUUGCAGAUCAAGUUUGAGGAAGGUGUCAUAGGCACUCCACAACUCACAGACUCAUUAGAGAUACCAGAAACUGUGGAAUUUUUAGGGCAAGAGAUUGAUCUAUCAUCUUUCAAAGACAUAUUUACUUCUAUCCAAAACACCGCCUCAUCGGUUGUGCAAACAAUUUCCGAUCAGCCUCCGUUGAAGAUCCCAAUCUCCAACAGCUAUGCUCAAUCAUGGUUGCUUACUACAUACCUUGAUGAAGAACUACGCGUCGCAAGGGGUGAUGGUGGCAGUGUGUUUGUUCUUAUUAAGGAAGGAAGUUCUCUUUUGACAAACUAAAGAAAUUACAUUGGUUUGGUUUACUUUCUUGGUAAUUAUAUGUAAUAAUAUUCAGGUGUUCAAUGGUUCUUAUAUAAGUUAUAUUCAUAAAUAAUCAACACUGGAUUAGGUUCAAAUUGUGCAAAUGACUUGUUGUUUGUUUGGGAUUGGGACUCACAAUUUUAUAUAUGUAUCAUCGGUUGUAUAUUUCUGCAUUUGAGCAUUUAUAUACAAAAUAAUUGUCACCAUUUUAAA